AUGGGGGAGUGGAUGCUGCUCCUCACUGUUGGUGACAUCCACGACAGCCGGCCACGCGGCAUUCCUGUGGCCCUGGCUGGCCGGCUGUUCACGCCCCCGGAGCCGCGGGAGGCGGGACACAUCCGCCUGGCGGUGAGGGCAGGCCCAGCCCUCCAGUGCUGGGUGCCACCACCUGGGAGCCACAUGUCACAUCAGGAGGAGGCUUGGUCCCAUGGGAACCCCUCACUCUCAUGGGGCCCCCCCAACGUGCACCUGUGUCUGUGGGAGCCAGACUCCCUGAAGGCCCCACCUACCGCCAGGUGCCCCGCGUCCUGUCGUGUCUGUGCUCCACCCGCAGGCAGUCGGGGGGCCUUCGAGCCUCGGCCGCUGCCCUGCGCCCUCCCCGCAGACAGCUGGGAAUCCGGGCUCUGUCCCCCUGAGGCUGAGGAUGAGACCAUGGCUGCCCUGAGGUGGCCCGGGCCCUCCCAGAAGCCAGGUGACCUGCGGGGAGCUCCCCACAUGGCCUGGUCUGACAACAUCGAGCAGCCAGGCCCCCGGGGAAAGGCCCGCAACCACCCGGUGUGGUCAGAAGGCGAGGAGGCCAAGGAUGGGGACAGCUCGGUGUCAUCAGGCCGCCUCUCCGGCUCCUCUGGGGGCCACGAGCCCUGCACGUCUCCCCCCGGACCCUGGAAAGAGAGGCCCCCCCAGGUGCUGGGGCCCCGGCGGCAGCCCAGAGAGAGCAGCCCACGGCUGGAGCUGCUGAGGGACAGGAUCCGGGCCCAGGCCCAGUGGCAGGCCAGCUGCGCCUCCCUGGGCACCUCUGCCCCGUCCAGUGCCUCACGCCUCUACAGAGCCUCCAAGCCAGACGCCCGGAAGAAGGCGGGGAGGCCGAAGAAGGCCCCUCCGGCCCCGUGGGAGGCCCUCGGGCCCCGGGCUUCCGCCGCAGGCUUAGGCGCCCUGAGGACGGCUCCGUGCGGCGUGGAAGACAAGACGAUCCCCGGCCCGGGGAGCAAGCCCUCCAGGGUCCCUCAGCGCCAGGCCUCAGUUCCCCGGGAGAAAGCCAAAAGGCAAAGUAGUUCUUGCAAGAGGGAGAAGACCUCCAGAGCGCCCGUCCCCCGGGGAGCCACCAGAAACCAAGAUUCUGAGUUGGUUGGUGUGUACGCCUGGAGGAAAGGACCAGCCCUGGCGAGGGCCCUCCUCGGGCCCGCUCCUGCCUUCCCCAGGCUUCGGAGCAAGGCUCGAUCCAGAGACCAGUCCCCCACCGUGGACUUAGGAGAUAGCAGGAAAGUCGGAGUGGCCGAGAGCUCCCCCGUCUGCCCCCGGAUGCCCAGCCCAGCCUCUGUCCGCCAUGACCCGCCACUGUCCACCAACACACCGCACCUGGCUUCCUACGACCAGCCUAUGACCAUCCAAAAUGCUUUGACUAUCCUUAGAGACCUCCGCCAGCAGAUCCAGGCCGGGCUGGAGCUGGCCCGGCAUCGCCACCCCAGCGGAAGGCUAGAGCUAGUCAAACCACAGUCAAACCUGUGGCUGCAGGACCCAGCAGAGAAGAGGCAGUGGGGCCCCUGGGGCACCCCAGAUGUAUGGGGCUCCUUCUCGAAGAGUCCUCAAGCAGGGACGAAAGGGAGGCGCUCCUCCCAAGACCGUGCCAGCAGCUUCCCCACUGGGAAUCGCUGGAGCACCCUAGCUCGGCGGGAGUCCUAUCCCCAGCGGACUGGAGCGGCCCAAGGGCGGAACCCCUCCUUCCAGAGGCCCGGGGGUCCCCCCGAGAAGCUGACCUCUUUGCCUCAACGGCCCUGGAGCGCCUUGGCCGGGCAGGCCUCCAGGACCCAGCAGACUGGAACAGCCCAAGGAUGGAACCCCUCCUUCCCGUGGCCCGGGGGUCCCCCCGAGAAGCUGACCUCUUUGCCUCAACGGCCCUGGAGUGCCUUGGCCGGGCAGGCCUCCAGGACACAGCGGACUGGAGCGGCCCAAGGACGGAAUCCCUCCUUCCAGAGGCCCGCGGGCCCCCCAGAGAGCCUGACCUCCUUGCCCCAACAGGCUGGGAACGCCUCGGUCGGGCAGGCUUCCAGGUCCCAGCGGACCUGGGCCACUUAUGCAGACUGGAAGACCCCUGCCCGAACACCCUGGAGCCCUUGUGGCCCACGGUCCUGGAGCACCUCCUUCCCGCAGGGCGCCAGCACCCUGGGCAAAGCCAGAGGCUCGCACCCGCCACCCUCAGAGACGGAGCACAGCUGGCUGAGGCCCGCCGGGGGUGCACCUGGGAGAGAGAAGGAGGGGCGGGUGCCGCCGCCCUGCCCGAAGCCCCGGGGGGCCCUGGGCCACCCCUAUAGUGCUGAGGCGCUGCGAGAGUUCAUGCGCCAGAAGACUCAGGCCCGGCGGCGGCAGGCCUUGGAGGAGAAGGCCUCGGCCGUGCGCGCCCUGGAGCUGAGGAACCAGCGGCUACAGGACGUGUACAGGAAGCAGAGGGAGGCUGUCCUUGGCAAGGCCGUCCCUAUGGUCUCCCAGACGACCCCCGGCAUCGUGACCUUCUUCCCGCACUGUGCACAGUCCACGGGCCUGGAAGCUCCCGGGAGCCUGGGGUCGCCUGUGCUGGAAUGGAGCAAGGUGACCUCCGGCAUGGUGCUGGGGGACCAGGAGGCCCCGGGCAGCUUCUGCCUGUGUUUGAACAGAGCCUUGAACCGCUCUGAGACUGUAGAGAUGGGCAGCCCCCGGGACGGCUGGGACGGUGCCCCCAUGCUGACGUCCUCCCGCUCCUCCCCGGGCCCCCUGAAGCUCCAGGACCUGACCACCCGCCCCCCGCGCCCAGGCAUGUGCAUCUACCUGGACCCUGAGGAGAGCGAACGCCUGGGCACCCUGGGGCCCCUGCAUUUCCGCUAUAAGCAGGCCCGGCUGCAGGCACUGGAGACCAUGGCCAAUGUCCUGAAGCAGCGGAUCGACAUCCUCACGGCCAAGCUGCACAGGCCGGAGACACCAGAUGCUUUCGGGGACCCUGUGUCAGACCCUGGCACUGUGCCCGCCGCCCGCGUCUGCUCGGGGGCCCUGGUGCCCAACGGGAGAAGAGGGGGCCCCUGGGACCGGGCUGAUGAGCCAGCCAGGACGCUGGUCUCUCCCACCUGCUUCCUGGACCACAGGCCGCUGCCAUGGAGCCCCGACUGGGAGAGGCGGCAGAGCGUGAGCCCGAGAGGCCACCACUACAGGGAGCCCCAAGGUUUCAUUGAGGACGGGCGUUUGGAGCUGGAUAACAGGCUGGCAAGAAACACGGCUUCCUUCCAGACACUCGGCCCCUUCAUCGGGAGCUCCCUUGGGGUCCCAGCCGUGCUGGACCCCACCUGCGGCUCCCUGCAGCUGGAGGACGUGUCGGCGGCCAGAGGGGCAGGCUUGCUCACGCCCUGGACCGUGCGAGGCUGCGGUCAGCGCUCCAGGCACCUUGCCAACAUCCCCUGGAAGUCCCUGAGCUCCCUCAAGUCCCUGCAGCUGGACCAGGAGAAGCCGGAGCAGGGGCUGGCGCUUCUGCGGCAGCGGGCGGAGCAGGAGGUCUGGGAGACGCAGAAGGCCCUGGACCAGCUACUCUUCAAGCACCAGUUGGAGCGUCUGAUGGAGAAACACUCCCCCCAGGCCAGGCCAGACCCGGCUUUGGCUUCUGCUUCGGAGCAGGAGCGGCCACAGGUGUGUCGAGUCCUGGAGCCCACAACCUCUCGGAGCACCGAGACCGCCAGUCCCAGAUCACAACCAGCCAGGGGCAGAGACGCGGCCACACCCUCCCAGGGUCCCCAGGAAGGACAGCAGAGUCAGGAGGACAAGUCCACUUCUGCAGAGCCCAGACAGAAAGUGAGAGCAGACCAAGCUCCCUAUCAGCGGCCCCUGGCCAGGCUGGACCCUCAGGUCAGCCCCACCCACCAGAUGCUCGAGCUGAGCCUUCGCGAGGAGGAGCUGCGGGCGCAGCACGAGGCCGCGCUGCUGCGCCUGCGCGAAAAAGCGCUGGAGGAAAGGAUCCGGGCUGAGCUGGCCUGGUUGGAGCAGCAGCGAGGGUGUCUGGGCCGCGAGGGGAACGCUGUGGUGCUGGCAGUCUUGGCAGAGAGGCAGAAGCAGGCCCUCAGCAGCCUUGAGCAUGAACAGAGAGCAAUCCGAUGCCUGCAGAAUGCUCACCGGUUCUCGCACGAGGAGAGGAAGCUGCUUCUGCAGCACCAGAGGGACAUCCUGUCCCUGCGGACUGCUGUGACACAGCUGCAGCAGGAGCUCAAGGCCCAGACCGGGCUGCCUCAGAGGUCUGGCCCCGAAGUCAAGACCACUCAGGUGGAGGGCCCGGCACAGGGCAAUCUGUGCCCGUCAACAGCACGUGGGCCUGGCGACCCCACCAGCCCCAGCCCCCGGAGAAGCUUCAAGAGCCCACGCGCCCAACACCUUCCCACUGGGCAGGAGGACGGGACACACCCCGAGGCCACUUCAGCUGCGGACAGUCACCGACCACCUCCAAGGCCUGUGUGGGGAGAGGACAUGCCUGUGGCCAGUGGCUGGCCUGAUGCUGGGGGCCGUCUGGUAGAGAGCCAGAUCCCUGUGGACCAAGGAGACCCCCCGCCCAACCCCCUUCCUUUGUCGUCGAUGGAGAGGACGCAGCCUCUGAUGGAACGCCGUGGGCAGAAACUCCAGGGCCAGCACUCCCUGGGCGGAAGGAGUCCGUGCAGCCCCCCGGAAGCCAGCGUGGAUUCGUCCAUUGAGGGGGUGUUUGGAGCCCGGGCUCCUGCGCCCUCCAGCCCGCAUGUGGGCAGCCCCCUGGGGCUGGGCCCCGAGUCCGAGUCUGAGUCAGCUCCCAGGACCUGUGCCGGGUCCCGUGCCGCCUCCUCCCUGAGCGGGCUGUCCUGCUGUUCUCUCCAGGAGUUUCAGAAGGCGUCCGCCAUGCUGGUGCAGCUUUCCGAGAGCUCCGUCUCCCUCUCGGACUGGGAAGCUGGGGACCCCACUGAUGCAGACCCCGGCUGGUCUGGGGAGCUCUCACCUCAAGACUCUUGGGGGGUCCACCGGGGCGGGGAGCGGGUGGCCUGGGAGAGGCUGGAGGGCAGCAGGACCGGUCGCCAGGGCGGCUCCCCCACGGACGCAGGGGGUCCAGAGCCCAGGGGAGGACUCCUGCGGGCGGGCCAGCUGCUACCUCUCCCGGAUGCCCCUUCUGGGAGGUCAGGGUCAGAGCUGUCAGAGGCAUCCAGCGAGGUCUGGGAUGAGGAGAACCUGCUGGGGCCAGGCCCUGGUGCUGACCCAGCCUCAGGGCGCCGCUCCCCUGCGGGAGGCUCAUCCCACCUGGAAGAUGGCAGGGCGCCCUGCUCUGGACCUCCUUCCCUGGGCCUGGGGGAGGGGCAGGAAUCUUCCAGAACCAGUGGGAGCCUGAUCAGUGGAUUAGAUACAGAAAGAGCCAAACAGGUGUCCUCGGAGGCUGCCUUCCCACCACUCCCAUCCACAGCCUCUCCCUCCAGUGACUUAGACCUGCCCCUUUCCUCUCCCUCCGGGUCCCUGGCAUCAGAAGGGGUGGAGUUUGGUGAAGGAGGAGACACUAGGGCUCUAAAGGCCUCGGCUGGCUGCCCCGAGGGGCCUGGGGACACUGACCUGAGUCUGUCCAACCACAGGAAACCUCAACAGGCCUGGUCUGAGCCUGAGGUCCCCGUGAGCCCGCAGGCUCCUCCUGGGGACCCUGGUGGUCUGGUAGCCCAGAAACCCGAGGGCUGGGCACCUGGGUGUAGGGGGAGGGGACACUCCCCUGCCCCAGAGGAAGCCUGCCCCACCCUGGCCAACGGGGUCUUGCCCGAGAUCCUGUCCCCCGUGGACGACGUGCUGUCCUAUGGCAGUGCUGACCUUCCGUCCUCCAGCCACAGGGACACCAGUCUCCCUCCUUGGCCUCCCACCCUCCCAGCAGAGCGUGAGGGCACCAGCCUGCGCUCGGGAGACUUCCCUCCCCCACCUGAAGACGCCAUGUCUCCUGGGGGCUCGCCGGGCCCCCCCGGGGAGGAUGCCUCCAUCAGAACUGGGGAGUUGCCCUCCUUGUCUGAGGAGGUCCUGCCUGAGCCACUGUUCCCGGGGCCCCAAGAAGUGGCCUUCAUGGCCGGGGAGGGUCUGCCCAUGUUGUUGGCAGCUGGAGGUACGGGGCCGUCUGGCACCGGGCAUGGCGACCUGGAUCCUGCUUUGGGCGUGGGCUCCCACGCAGAUGUACCUGGUGGGGAGAGAGCCGAGGUGGUGGACUUGGUGUCCAGCCAGCUCACCAGAAGGAUCCUAUGCGACACGCUUGCUGUGCUCUCGGAGCUGGCCCAGCCGGCCGCCCGCUGA